UUCCACCAUGUUCCGUCUGGCAGUCGUUACCUGUGUGGUCCUGGCCACUGGCCUGGCCAAGCCGCCUCCCCCGGCCAAGAUCGACGGUGAUCCCAUCCAGCCACUGGAUGUCGAGCCGGUGCAUUCCAGGAGGGACCCGAGCCUAUUCUGUUCCUCGAGAAAGAGACUCGCACCACCCACACUUUGGCGCCUGGACAGUACUCUUUCCAGAGCCCUAACUACCCGAAUCAGUACCCCAACAACUUUGACUACAGCUUCACGCUGAAGGGCGACAACAGCCAGGACGUGACCGUCACCUGCGACCCGUUCAGCAUGGAGAGCCACUCCUCCUGCGCCUACGACUACCUCUCCAUCAACGAGCGUAAGUACUGCGGCUCUAGCGCUCCUAUCGCCCUCGCCGCCUCCGAGCUGCGGAUCCGCAUCCACACCGACUACGCGGUGGCGGCCACCGGCUUCUACUGCGUGGUCACCGUGGCCACCGGCUCCGGCUGCCAAUGCGGCGUGCGGCCGACCCGCGUGGUGGGCGGCGCAGACGCCACCGCCGGCCAGUUCCCGUGGCAGGCUGGCCUCGUCACCACCGGCACCACCCGCUCCUGGUGCGGCGGCAGCGUCAUCAACAACCGCUACGUGCUGACGGCGGCCCACUGCACCGAGGGCAGCAGCCCAAGCCAGAUCCAGGUGAUGCUGGGCGACCUGCGCAUCGGCACCUCCGACUCCGGUGAGCAGCGCUUCUCGGUCCAGCAGAUCAUCAACCACCCGCGGUACACGAGCGCCUCGGGCAGCGGCUGGGACUUCUCGCUGCUGAAGCUUGACCGCGAGAUCACAUUCAGCAACACCAUCUCGCCCGUCUGCCUGCCGACCGCCGGCCAGACGUACGCCAACGUCACGGCCAUCGCCAGCGGCUACGGCCAGGUUGGCGCUAGCGACCCUCAGGCCACCCACCUUCAGCAUGUCCAGCUGCCCGUCUGGAGCCAGAGCCGCUGCCAGGGUGCCUGGAGCAACACGCCGCUCAAGAGCAGCAUGCUCUGCGCCGGCGGCUACCCAGAGGGCGGCAGGUCGGUCUGCAUGGGCGACAGCGGCGGCCCGCUAGUGACCUUGGUCUCGGGCCGGUUCCGUCUGAUCGGCGUCGUCUCGUUCGGCCGGCCGUGCGCCGUGGCCAACUGGCCCGAUGUGUUCGGUCGCGUCACCGAGGCGCUGUCCUGGAUCGCCAGCAACACGGCUGACGCCAACACCUGCACCCCUUAGAUGGUCUCUGAUCCCUGGGUACUGGGCCCGCUCACCGCUGUCCCGCACAGUCAGGAGAGGCCACUAAAAAUAAAUAAAUAAAAAAUAAAAAUAAAUAAAUAAAUAAAUAAAUAAAUGACUUGCUCACUGCAGUGUUUUCGUUAUGUUACCUAUGGCUCAUGAACUUCUCCUUUUGACGCUGAAUAAUUAUAUAUUUUUCAAUUGAAUGAUGAUGAGGGCUUGUCUUGGACUGAGCUUUUUUAAAAGAUCACUCCUCUGUAUGCCACCAGGCAUGUAUGUUUGUCAGUAUAUAUGUAAUAACAUAUAUUCCUUCUCGAUUUAUAAAUGCAACUGUUGACUUGUAAUACAUCGCAAAUAUACGCUUUUCUCCAA